AUGGGUAACUUCUUUAGUUCUAUGUUUGAUAGACUAUUGGGUGCGGAAAAAGAAUUACGUAUAUUGAUAUUAGGGCUUGAUGGUGCUGGUAAGACGACGAUAUUGUACAGACUACAGAUAGGAGAAGUGAUAACUACAAAACCUACCAUUGGUUUCAAUGUAGAGACGUUAAAUUAUAAAAACUUGAAACUUAACGUGUGGGAUCUAGGUGGACAAACUUCGAUUAGACCAUACUGGCGUUGUUAUUACGCAAACACAGCAGCAGUUAUCUUCGUUGUUGACUCUACAGAUAAGGACCGUAUGAAUAUAGCUUCGAAGGAAUUGCACCUCAUGUUGCAAGAAGAAGAAUUGCAGGACUCCGCUCUGCUCGUAUUUGCCAAUAAACAAGAUCAACCAGGCGCAUUAAGUGCGUCAGAAGUAUCAAAGGAGUUGAACUUGGCAGAAUUGAAGGAUAGAAGCUGGAGUAUUGUUGCAUCCAGUGCCAUUAAGGGCGAAGGGAUAACUGAAGGUUUGGAUUGGUUAAUUGACGUGAUUAAGGAAGAACAAAUGUAA